AUAUAUAUACAUGAGUUAGAAGAGGCUAAACAGCAAAGAAGUUCCCUGCAGUUAAAGAGACCAUUUGUAAUUCAACUAAGAUGGCUAUUUCAAGGCUUGUUUCACUUUCUCAAAAGAUUAUUAAGCCCUCUUCUCCAACCCCAUUUUCACAUAGAAUUCACAACCUCUCUCUUAUGGACCAAAUGGGGACUCACUCCUAUAUUCCGUUUUCUUUUUUCUACCCAAAACAAGACACUGCAAGCUCUCUUGAACCGACAAAGGUCUCCCAAAUUCUUGAGAAAUCGCUAUCCAAAGUUUUAACCGCAUAUUAUCCAUUUGCUGGACGUGUACGUGACAAUUCCUUUGUCGAAUGUAAUGACAUGGGAGUCGAUCUCUCUCAAGUCCGAAUUGAUUGUCCAAUGUCCAGUAUUUUCAAUCACCCUCGUACUGAUAUCGAUAAGUUAAUAUUUCCUAAAGAUCCUUGGAACCUAUCUACGGGCAGUUUAAUCGUAGCUCAACUUAAUCAUUUUGAAUGCGGUGGCAUAAUACUCAGUGCAUGUAUUUCCCACAAGGUUGUUGAUGGUUACAGUAUGACUAAUUUCCUAAGAGAUUGGGCUCUCGUUGCACGUGAUUCAGAAGCAAAACCAUCUCCCCUUUUUAAUGGAGCAUCAGUCUUUCAACCGGCCAACUAUUCUGCACCACCACAAGUGGCUGAUCCUAGUCGAAAACAAAAUGCAUCGAAAAGGUACCAUUUCUCAGCCUCCAAGUUAAAAGCUCUCAAGGCCAGAAGCCAAAUUCCUCCUACAACUGUGGAAGCUGUCACUGCAUUACUAUGUAAAUGCGCCAAUACGCCAACUUUUAAGCCAUCGUUAUUGAUCCAAGCAGUAAAUCUACAAGGAACAAAUAAUGAUGCACUAGUUCCAGCAGGCUUGGUAGGAAAUGCCAUUCUUCCUUACGUUGCAUCAGCAGCGAACGAGGAAGAUCUAAAAUGGCAAAGACUAAUUGGUGAGCUUAGAGAAAGAAAAGAGAAGGUCCAUGAUAUGCUCAAAGAUAUUAAAUCAGAAGAUAUACUAUUUUCAAGGGUAUCUGAACUAGCUACACAGAUAAACGAGCGAACCUCAAGCAAUGAUUUUUCUAUAUAUAGGUUUUCUAGUUUAAGGAAAUUCCCGUUCCAUGACAUAAAUUUUGGAUGGGGGAGGCCAACAAGAGUGGAUGCUGCUACUUUUCCAGUCAAUAUGUUUCUCCUUCUGGAUAACCAAAAUGGGGAUGGAGUUGAAGUACUCGUAAACUUGGAAGAAGGAGAGAUGUCUGUAUUUGAAAGUAAUGAAGAGCUUCUUCAGUUUGCUUCUCCAAGCUCAGGACUCUAGACAAUUUGAAGCCUUCAGAAAAAAAGGGAAAAUUUUGGUUAUUUUUUAGGAUCACAACUCACUAGUGAUGUUCCAAGAUACAAGAGACUGCGGCUGUUCAAUUUUAAAAUAGUAUUUGAGGGGGUAAAGAGUUUCUUCCUUCAUGUAUUUAUAUUUUGGUUAUCACUACGAAGACAGAGGUUUGUCUAAUCGCUUAGCACUCGGAGAAACUAAAUUAAAAAAACAGAAUCUUCCCUUUUUUCUGAAGGCUUCAGAUCAUCUUGAACUAUAACCUUGUACUCCCACAUUGAGCAAACACACUCGUUGAUUAGUUACAUCAACAACAACAACCCAGUAAUAAUCCCACUAGUGGAGUCUGGGGAGGGUCGAGUGUACACAGACCUUACCCCUACCCAUGAGGGUAGAGAGGCUGUUUCCGGGAGACCCUCGGCUCAAUAAAAUGGCGAAAACAUCCUUUAACUAUAUUCCAAACCAAAACUACAUCCUAAUACUACCACACUGAGCAGAAAAACACCAAUCUCUGAACUAUCCCAAAAUUAGCACGUUAGUUUCUGUCAACAAACAAUGGGCUGCAAAAAUAAAAACCUUCCCAACGUAUUAUAGUCCAUUUAUGCAAUUCCCCAUAUUCUAGUUCAGUUCUGAUCGUACUUGAACUGAUAGUCCCUUUCAGGGAGCGUGUUGUUUUUUGUAUAAGGGCAGUCCGGACCAGGAAACAUCAUGCAUUAACGCAUACUGUGUCGUUUUUUGUAUAC